GCCUUCUUUUGAGCCUAAGUCAUGAGUUGGAUGUUCCUCAGAGACCUCCUGAGUGGAGUAAAUAAAUACUCCACUGGGAAUGGACAAAUUUGGCUGGCUGUCGUGUUUGUCUUCUGUUUGCUGGUCUACAUGGUGGCAGCAGAGCAUGUGUGGAAAGAUGAGCAGAAAGAGUUUGAGUGCAACAGUAGACAGCCUGGUUGUGAAAAUGUGUGUUUUGACAACUUCUUCCCCAUUUCCCAAGUCAGACUUUGGGCCUUACAACUGAUCAUGGUCUCCACACCUUCCCUUCUGGUGGUUUUACAUGUAGCCUAUCGUGAGGGUAGAGAGAAAAGGCACAGAAAGAAACUCUAUGUCAGCCCAGGUACAAUGCAUAGGGGCCUAUGGUACACUUAUCUUAUCAGCCUCAUUGUUAAAACUGGUUUUGAAAUUGGCUUCCUUGUUUUAUUUUAUAAUGUGUAUGAUGGUUUUAGUGUUCCCUACCUUAUGAAGUGUGAUCUGAAGCCUUGUCCCAACACUGUGGACUGCUUCAUCUCCAAACCCACAGAGAAGAUGAUCUUUGUCCUUUUGUUGGUCAUCACCUCAUGCUUGUGUAUUGCCUUGAAUUUCACUGAACUGAGCUUUUUGGUUUUCAAGUGCUUUAUUAAAUGCUGUCUCCAAAAACAUUCAAAAAAAUUCAAGUCCUCAGUGUGUGAAUGCCAUGGCCUCAGAUAUGUUCAAUGUGGUGGGAGAGGGGCCCCUCCCUACUUCAGAAUCAUCAUUCAUGCUUGGCCAUAAACACACUCCCACUACCUGGAGCAAAGCUACUUGGUGACACACAACAGGGUUAAACAAAGAAGACCUGCACCCCUACUCAGCAAGGCCUAAGCUGAGUUGGAAGACAAAGCAUGCCAGCCUUAGUGUCAUUUGGAAGGAUUUUUUUAUACAUGGUCAAAUGCUGUCAGUUGUGAGCACUAGACUGAGGUGUCAUUGUUUUGUUGUAGGGUUCUCCAGUAUGUAGAUAACAUGAGUUGUUGUAGAAAAGUUAGUUGCAAAUUAGUAUGGAGAAAUCUAACAGGAUUCUUUUAAGAGCUUAGAUUUCUUAGGAACAAAAAAAAAAAAAAGAAAAAAAGAAAAAAACCCUGUGUCAAUUUUCUGUUUUUUUCUGUCUCAUUACAAUUUGUGCACAAUGAACCAGAAAAUAUAAAAAGUGAUACUUCAGACAAAUGUGAUGGCCUCCAAGCUGAAAUGAAGGAAUAGGCAAUCUUUCCAAAGUGGCAGCCCAGGCCCCACUCCCUGUCCUACUCAAUCUCUGUAAGAAGAAACUGUGGGAUGGGGUAGCAGCCAGCUGGCAGCACACAGAGGCACAUUCAACAGAAAGACCCUACUUGGGGAAAAGGCCACAGAGCCCAGGCCUCUUGUCAGUUCAGGGAUCCUUGGAUACAAGUGGACUAGGGCAAAGGAAAGAAAGCUGUCAUUUCGGUCGUCUCCAAAUUAGAUACAAACAUUACUGGGAGGUAUCCCACGUAAGCCUGAACCAGUAGACAUCCAAAAGGGGCACUCUAGAGUCAGAGGGGAAGACAGGUGCCCCAGAAGGCAACACAUUGAUAGGGACUGGAGGCCACAGAAAAAGAACAUACCCAUUCGAUAAUUACUCUUCUAUUUAACCAAAAAACAUUGAAAUACUUUGUAAAUAUUCAUACUGUUGAAACUUUCAUAAUCAGGAAUUCACUAUGUACUAUAUAGUAUGUCACAGUUUGCCUAGAAUUUACUAGUAUAUCUCCUCUAGGACAGAUAGUAAAAUGUGUACUAUGUUACAGUGAUGCAAAAAUGUUUAAAAAGUUCAUCACUUGUUUUGAAGACUAGAACUUUCUUUACUUUUCUAUAUUUGUCUAGAAAUUCAGAUACAUUCCCUCUGGAUUUAAUACACUAACAGAUGUACAUUUCUCCAGAAUAAAAAUAAAGGUAUUUUGCAAUGCU